AUAAGAAUUUCAUUGGGAUUUUUAUUAUUUACUAUUUCUAUGUUUUUUCACCUAUUCGAUACUAUGUAUUCAAUACAUUGCAAUACCGAACAAAAAGCCGUUUGUUUACAAUAUAAAAAUAUGUUAUUGGAUUGUGAAAAAAAAUUCGUGUGGUAUUUUCUAUUUGAACAAUUUUUAACAAAAUUAAUCAAAGAUUAGCACAACUUUUAUUCAAUGUGACACUAAAUAAGAAUGAUAAAUCACGCUUUAGAUAACACACUUUUACGGAAAUUACUAUACAUGAUACAGGUCCUCGGGUUUAUUUAAAUACUAUAUAAAAUUAUAUAACUAUUUAUUGUCACAUUUAAAUACAUACGUUGUUUACAAACUGGCACUUAAGCGAUCACGUUCAUAAAUGUAAAAAUGGAGGAAGAGUUUUAUUUUCGUAAUGGCGUGCUACAUAUAGAAAAUGUCAGCGUUCAAGAUAUAAUUCCAAUAUCACAAGAGGAUUCUGAACCUGUUUAUGUAUUCAGUAAGCAAAAGAUAAUAUCGAAUAUCAGGAACUAUAAAAAAGAACUGAACAAACAAUCUUUUCCGUGGACACUAAAUUAUUCCAUGAAAGCAAAUGGCAAUCCGUCAAUUCUUCAAAUGUUCAAGGAAAAUGGGUGUUCUCUUACUUUAGUCAGCGGUUUGGAACUAAAAUCAGCUUUAGAACUACAAUUUCCAACAGAAGAUUUGGUGUUUAACGGAAAUGGAAAACAAAAUUGGGAAAUCGAUUUAGCUAUUCAAAAUGGAGUGUUAUUGAAUAUUGACAGUGUAUUCAACCUUCAACAAACGGUUAGCGCUUGCAAACGAGCAAAUAUACCGGCUAGAGUUCUAUUAAGAGUGAAUCCUGAUAUCGAGGUUGAUGUACACGAGCACGUGAUAACAGGGAAGAUUGGGUCAAAAUUUGGAAUUGACGAAACUGUGUUCAACGAAGUAGUUACCAUUCUACAAAAUGAACAAUUGCUGACGCUUGUUGGCCUGCACAGCCAUCUUGGAUCCACUAUAGAUGAUGUGGCAGUUAUUGCAGAGAGUGCUGAAAAGGUUUCCAAAAUAUUUAGAAAUUUAAAAGCAAAAGGGUUUCGUUCCAUGAAGUAUAUUAAUAUAGGAGGAGGGCUUGGCAUCCCGUAUCGAAAGAAGGAAUUAGAAACCCUUGCUUGGAAGAACAUAGCAGAAAGUCGCAAGCAUAAACUUGAGAAUGUGUUAAACGAAAUGUCAUCUCAUAGUGAUUUUCAAUCCAUCUUAACGGAUUUCAAAUCUAACAAAAUUUCAGCAUCGCAAUUUUUAGAAUUGAUAGGAAACAUUUGUAAAGAAGAUAAUCCCCAAACAGUUGAAAAAAUGGAAAAGACCCUUGGAGUAAAAUGUAUAAUGCCGACUCCAGCUGAUUUGAUACAAAGCAUUAAACCAUAUAUUGACGACGAUGUGCACCUAAUAAUUGAACCAGGACGUUCCUUAAUAGGCAAUGCUGCCAUUUUAUUAUGUCGUACAUUGGGCUGUAAAAAAAGUGGUGACAAAAGCUUUUUAGUUGUGAACGGUUCCAUGAACGAGGUUAUCCGACCUAGUCUUUAUAAUUCAUAUCACCAUAUCGAAUUGGCAGAACCGGCAGUUGGCGCCAAGAAGAUUUAUGAUAUUGUUGGCCCAGUUUGUGAAAGUGGAGACUUUCUAGGCAAAAAUAGACUGUUGUCGACACCAUAUGUGAACUGUUUACUGGCAGUAUUUGACACUGGCGCAUAUUGUGGAAGUAUGUCAAUGACUUACAAUAUGAGACCACGAGCAGCUGAAAUUAUGGUCGAUAACGAUACCGUUAAAGUAAUCCGACGUGCCGACACAUACGAAGAUUUGAUGAAACCCUACAGAGUAUGAAAAUCUCAAAGUGAUUCAUUUUUACCGUUUAGGACUGCAUUUUCUUGGGUUUACAAGUCAAUGUUAUACUAGUUAUUUUUAGUAAUAAGUUUAAAGUUUUGUUCUUCUUAAUCGUUUGUUCUCAAAAACC